UGCCAACAGUCAACGCUAGCACUACUCGUACAGUGUGCUACAGUGCUACAGUGCUCUGGUCAGUCGUAUUUGAAUGUACGCGCGUACGUAGUUGCAGUGUUUUUCUUGUCGGCACCAUAUCAAUGUACCUGUAGUCGUAUCUACCAUCAUCACAUCUGCGAAUAAGACGCGGCGCGGCGACUGCGAGUGGCGAUUUUGGAAUUUUACGAGUAUUCGUAAUCAUAUCGAAUCGAACCAUACCUAUCACCUAUGGCGCUAGCGGCGAUGGCAGACGCUGGUGCGAACGAAGGCCAGCUGCAGCAAAACGCAACUGCAACUGCAACUGCAACUGCGAAAGCGACGAUUACGACUACGACGCCGACUCCGACUCCGACGACGCCGAUUGAUUUAGAACCACCAGCGCCGGAAUGCGCCAAAUUGGAUACGAGUAAAUGGUUUUCGCUAUUCGCGCAAACGCUUUACCUAAUUUUGAUUUUCAUCCCGGUAGCCUUGUACAGCAUCGUAGAAAGCUUUUUCGUCAAACCCAAGUCGUUGAAAGGAAACGUCGUGCUGAUUACAGGUUCUGCGCGCGGUUUGGGACAAGGUUUCGCGUGGAAAUUCGCCCAACUCGGCUGCAAGCUGGCUUGCGUGGACAUGAACGAGACGGCCAAUCAGCAGACGGUGCUGGCCAUCAACAAAAAGUACGGCGCCGGCACGGCCGUCGCUUACACUUGCAACGUGGCCUUAUCGGACGAAAUUACGCUGCUUCGGCAGCGCGUGUACCGAGAUUUCGGCCACCAGGUACAUUUGCUUGUACUGAAUGCCGGCUUGGUCGCCAGUACGCCCAGCAUCACCGAUUUCGACGACAUCUACCUUCACGGAGUCGUCACCGUCAAUUUGAGCAGCAAUUUUUUCAUGAUACGAGCAUUCUUGCCGGACAUGAUGGAGCGAAACCAAGGUCACAUCGUGGCUGUGUCUUCAUUGGCCGGACUUGUGGGUAUCGCAAGAGGUUCUAUGUACGUUGCUACCAAACACGCAGUCAUGGGAUUGAUGGAAAGCUUGCAUUACGAAUUAGAAGAAAUACCGAAUAACCGAGUCAAGACCAGCGUGAUUUGCCCAUACUUCAUCAAUACCAGCGCGUUUUAUAACAAAAUGUGGCAUAUAAGGUUACCAGAACUGAGCAUUGAUGAGGUGGUGAAUGAUGCGGUAGCCGGAAUCCGCAGGAAUGUGAGAAUAAUAACCAGCCCAGCUGGCAUGUACUACGCCAUAAACUUUAUCAAAAUGCUUCCGGAUCGCUUUACUCGGACGUUGCGACAGAUUUAUUACGCCAAACUUAACGCGCCGUCGGUCGAGUUUCAAAAAAAUAUGUUACCUUAUAAACUUUUAAUCGAAUCGUUCAAAAAAUUCAAAUUCGAUUUCGACGAAUUGCACACAGUAUGAACGCUGCAUUUAGCGGAUUGCUGGCGAAAAGUAUACGGUUGUGAUGGUGGCGUGACGUGGCGUGGCGCGACGCUCGCGCUUGUCCAUCGUUUUCUCUUACAAUACCUACUUACUCGUAUGUACCUCUUACCCAUAUACGUAGUAUGUAUAAGCAUGUACUACUACAUUGUAAAUGCUACUAUUCGCGAAAAGAAAAACAUUCUGCAAACAUUAUCUAUAUCUACCUGUACCUGUUGAUGAAAAGUAAGCGUAAACGAAACCAAAACGUAGAUUACUCGUAAAUUAUACUGUAAUACGUAGGUGUACUUUCACAUAGCCUAAUAAAAUUAUACAAAUACAUAGGUAAAUAAUAGCCAAUAGGCAGAGGUACGUAGUUAGGUACCUAGCUACCUAGUACCUAGUUACCUACUACAUACCUAGCCAACUGA